CCAACUCCCAUAAUGCAUUGACAAAAAAAAGCGAAGGCAGAGAGAAAGGGUUUAAGCAAACCAAAACUAGGGUUCAAGCAAACGCUUCCACCACCACCACCACCACCACCACCACCACUGUUUUCCGAUCAUGUUGGCUCUUCGUCGAGCUUCUCUCCCUCUCAGGAAAAGAGGGUUUAAUGUUAGGGUUUCAUGUGCCAAAUUAACAUCAACCACUGUAGAAGACAAAGCUGAGUCCUAUCCAACGAUUCAUGCUAGUGUUGGUGUGUUUCAUCCUUCACUGAAUGCUAGUUUCCAUUCUUUGAAAUUCAAUGUGUGUGGUUCACGUCACCUUUCGUCGAAUGCCGGUGCGAGUAGCACCAAAGACGACGAGGAUGAUGAUGAGUUUUCUGAACUGGAGAGUCCGGUUGCUGCUGGUGGGGAUGAGGAUGAUCUGUUGAGUUCUGAUAAUGAAUCGGAGGGUGGUGAGGAACCGCACGAUGAGCUGGAGUUGUCUGAUGGCGAGACUGGUGAACCGGCUGAGAAGAAGAAAGCGUACCGGAAAAGGAUUGAGUCGGAACUGUGUAAUAAGAUUAUGGAUGCUCCGGGGAUGGCCAUUCAUACGGCUCUGGAUAAGUGGGUUGAAGAAGGGAAAGAAAUGAGCAGACAAGAGAUCUCUCAGGCCAUAUUUCUUCUUCGCAAGCGUAAUAUGUACGGGAGAGCUUUGCAGCUCUCAGAGUGGCUCGAGUCAAAAAAGCAGAUUGAAUUUAUUGAAAGGGAUUAUGCUUCUCGAGUUGAUUUAAUUGCCAAAAUUCAUGGCCUACAGAAGGCAGAGGCUUACAUUGAGACUAUUCCAGAGUCUCUUAGAGGGGAGGUAAUAUACCGAACUUUAUUGGCUAACUGUGUCCAAAAGAACAAUGUGAAGAAAGCAGAGGAAAUUUUUAAUAAAAUGAAGGAUUUGGAUUUUCCUCUUACGGCAUUUGCGUGCAAUCAGUUGCUUCUUCUAUAUAAGAAGAAUGACAAGAGGAAAAUAGCUGAUGUGUUAUUGUUGAUGGAAAAUGAGAAUGUCAAACCUUCUCCACUUACUUAUAACAUCUUAAUAGAUGUAAAAGGCCUGUCCAAAGAUAUUGCUGGAAUGGAUCAAAUUGUUGACAAAAUGAAGGAGGAAGGCCUUGAACUAGACGUAAAAACAAAGGCUGUUUUGGUUGGGCAUUACAUCUCAUUUGGGCUUGAAGAUAAAGCUGAAGCUUUAUUGAAGGAGAUGGAAGGUGAGAACUUGAAACAAAAUCGGUGGGUAUGCCGAACUUUGCUUCCCCUCUAUGCAAACCUGGGGAAGGCGGAUGAUGUGGGAAGGAUUUGGAAGGUCUGUGUGACAAACCCUUACGUUGAGGAGUGCUUGGCUGCAAUUGAAGCUUGGGGGAAGUUGAAUAAAAUCGACGAGGCAGAGGCAGCUUUUGAGAUGUUGUCAGGAAAGACGGAGCUUUCUUCCAAGAACUGCUCAGCAAUGCUGAGGGUUUAUGCAAAUCAUAAGAUGCUAAUGAAGGGUAAGGAUCUUGUUAAGCGAAUGGCGGAUAGUGGGUGCCGAAUAGGUCCAUUGACAUGGGAUGCAAUUGUGAAACUUUAUGUCGAGGCUGGGGAAGUGGAGAAGGCAGACUCUAUUCUUCAGAAGGCAACUCAGCAGAGCCAUGCCAACCAGGUGAAGCCACUAUUUUCUUCCUAUAUUGCUAUCUUGGAGCAGUAUUCUAAGAGGGGCGACAUCCAUAAUUCAGAAAAGAUUUUCUACAGAAUGAAACAAGCUGGUUAUACAUCGCGAAUAAGGCAGUACCAGGUUCUACUACAGGCCUAUAUAAAGGCCAAGCUUCCAGCCUAUGGAAUUAGAGACAGAUUGAAAGGUGAUAAUAUAUAUCCAAACAGAAAUUUGGCCACCUUGUUGGCUCAAGUUGAUGGAUUCAGGAAGACUCCUGUUUCUGAUUUGCUUGAUUGAGAGGUUGUUUCUACUGAUAACUAAGCUACUACUGUUGGUUAAAUAGUAGGUUAAGUAUAUUUCUUUUUGAAGUUUUCUAUGCUUGUUUGAAAAACUCUUGGAUUUAAGAACAAGUAUGCGCAUGUUACGGUGUAAUCUGUAUUUUUCUGUUACAUCUCUCGCCAUUUGGGUUGAAUUGCUAGCUUGUAAAAGAAAAUGUGGAAAUUACAUAUUUCCUUUUCCUC